AUGUUUCACGGCCUGACUGUUGCACAACCAAACGGAAAAAGCCGUGGUGUUGAUAUGUGGGCAGGUCGCUGCUACCGCGUCACUGCCCGUUUGUGCUUUCUUGUUGGAGCCGUCGGCAGCAGCACCAGUCUCUUUCGGAGACAGGUUCUCCCGGCGCGGGUUUACACAUGCUUUGAAAUGCAGCCGCGUUUCUGGCGGAGCUUUUCAGUCGGUAAAGAAACAACGGCUCACACGGUUUUCUUUCAGACAGUCGAAGGCGCUAAUCUCUUUGGUGGUAGAAGGGGAAAACACCAGACCUGCGCAACACUUCUGCCCGUAUCCACCCACUGGAUAGCACACGAGGGAACAAUCGACAUUUUUCGGUCCUACGGCAGCGCCACUAGAGGAACAUGA